GCAGGCAAUUGGAGGAAGAGCGGAGGAAGCCGGGGGGUGAUCGAGCAGUGGGAGGGAAACAAAAAAAGGAGGAAAAAAAAAGCCGGCGCGGCGAGAGUCCCGGAAGGGCAGGCAGCUCCGCCGGUUUCUCGUCUGAGAGCUGCUCCGAGUCUCCUCUUUGCCUUGCCCGCGGACACCUUGCUGGGUUCGGCCGCUCUCCCGUUCCCCAGCCGUGAUCUCCCCCCCCCCUCUCCACCACCACACGCGCCUCCUCCCGGGCGUGCGACUAGCUGGUGGCGGGGAGGCGAGGAGAUGUACCCGCCGGACUCCACCUGGAAUAUCUCCUUCGCCGGCUGCGGAUUCCUCGGGGUCUACCACGUCGGUGUGGCCAGUUGCCUUCAAGAGCAUGCCCCCUUCUUGGUGGCGAAUGCCAAAAAGGUUUAUGGCGCUUCGGCCGGAGCCCUGACGGCUACAGCCCUUGUUUCGGGGGCCUGCCUAGGUGAUGUUGGAGCAAAUAUCAUCCAUGUCUCUAAAGAGGCCCGGAAGAGGUUUCUUGGCCCUUUACACCCAUCCUUCAACCUGGUGAAAAUCAUCCGUGCCUGCUUAUAUAAAACCUUAUCGGGCAAUGCACAUGAGGUGGCCAGCGGACGUUUGGGCAUUUCAUUAACCCGGGUUUCGGAUGGAGAAAAUGUCAUAUUAUCAGAGUUCAACUCCAAAGAAGAGCUUAUCCAGGCAUGUGUCUGCAGCACUUUCAUCCCAGUAUACUGUGGCCUGAUCCCUCCAACCCUUCAAGGAGUGAGAUACGUUGAUGGAGGGAUUUCUGACAACCUGCCUCGAUAUGAGUUGAAGAACACCAUCACUAUAUCCCCUUUCUCUGGGGAGAGUGAUAUUUGUCCACGGGAUAGUUCCACAAACAUUCAUGAACUCAGAAUCACCAAUACCAGCAUUCAGUUUAAUCUCCGCAACUUGUACCGGCUUUCAAAAGCCCUGUUUCCUCCAGAGCCCCAGGUUCUCCAAGAAAUGUGCAAGCAGGGAUACAAUGACGCUCUUCACUUUUUGAAGAAGAAUUCUCUCCUUCAAAGACCUCCUCUCCCUCUGCUGGUCAUUAGUGGUGCUGAGGAAACAGACUCUGAGAAAGAAAAGGAUGAGGACAAUCAGCUACAAGAAAGUGCUGAACUGGCAGAAGCUAAAGAACACAUCCUGGAACACUUGCCUCCAAAACUGAACCAAGCACUUUUGGAAGCCUGUACUGAGAGGAAGGGAUUAUUCACUUGCAUUGCCAAUCUUCUACCAGUACGUUUGGCCUCUACUUUGAUGCUACCAUAUACCCUUCCUCUGGAGUCUGCUCUCUCCUUUACAGUCAGGUUGCUUGAAUGGCUGCCAGAUGUUCCAGAGGACAUCAGGUGGAUGAAAGAACAGACACGGAAAGUCUGUCAUUAUUUCAUAAGAAAAGCCAAGAAAAAACUAGGAAGUCACCUUUCAGCCAGGCUAUACUAUCAUCUUGAACUCCGAAAAACACAGAGUUUACCUAUCCCUUUGGGCACUGCUUAUGGGGAAGCAUUGCCAAAAUGGCUCAGGAACAGUCUCUCGCUAACAGACGUUAUGACAAAAUGGGAAGAAUACCAGCGCCAGCUGAUGCUAGGGCUGUUCUGCAUCAAUGUGGACCUGCAGGCCUCCAUCUUCCCAUCAGAAGGGCUGCAGAUGAGACAUCCACCAGCAAGCUGCACGGAAGAGACCUUUCAGCUCUUUUAAUAUAAUUGUCCGAAUCUGGUUGGGGAAAAGAGGGUGGGCAGUGGUUGCAUUCAGCAGUUUCCUAAUGGAACUCUUUAACAAUCACAGAGGGAUUUCUCCUCCCCUCACAAUUCAGACAGGAUACUGAUAACAAAAUAGGUAAUUGUGCCAUAACUAAGCAGGUGACUGGCACAAGGUAAAUACCCACCAAAAGGUGUUGGGUGUUGCAUAUUUUCUGGGAGACAGUGGUAUAAAUAACUUGACAACUGCAACAAAAAUGGUUGAUGCUUGGGCGGAAUUGAAAAGAAUUUUAUUCAGGGCACCUCUUGAACUGUUUAUAAUAAGAAGACUGGGGACAUCAUCGGGACUCUAGCUUUUGUUUUAAUCCACUUUGCUUUAAAUCAGUAUUGCAACAUGCUUUUGUUCUUAAAGACUUGAGUCCUCUGGGAUCAUCCUUCUCUGUGUUAUGAUGCAUUAAAAGCCAGCAAGAGCUACCAAAUUAGCUCUUAAACCAAAUGCAGUCCUAAAUUUUCACUUUAAGUAGAGACUCCUUAUAAUUCCUGUACUGUUUUCUUGUAAAUUUGUCAUAUAUAAGGAAUGCAGCUAACCUUUAUACUACCUGGAUUCAUGGCCUACUGCACGGGUGUCAAACUUGUGUUGUCACGGUGUUGUCACAUGACGUAUUGGGACUUCCCCCCCUUCACUAAACCAGGUGGGGGUGGGGCCAGCAUGUGACACAUCCAGCCUGUGGGCCCUGAGUUUGAACCCCCCCCCCCAGCCUAUUGUCUUCUAGAUCCUUCUAUUCUCGAGAGAUGAGAAAAAAUUAGAAGUCUUGAAAUAUGUACUUAAGUCACAUCUCAUUUGGAUGCACUAUUAUUUCCCUGCUUCCCAGUAAUUUUAACUAGCUUAAAUCUUAACUUGUACGGUUGCAGAAGAAUGUCAAGAAGGAUAGAUGGAAGCAACAGCUAAGUCAGUGUAAUGUAUGUUUUGAAAUGGUUUGUGACUGACUGGAUCAGUUGGCUAUUUGAGAAAGAAGGAAAGGGCUUUUGAUUCCAGCUGCAAAGGAAUAUGAAGCUCUUAAAAUCCAGAAGCCAAAAUAUAUUCUGAUCUAAAUGGAUUUAAGUUGGUUUGUGGGAUCCACAUCAUUGGUGUCAGUAGUGAAUGUGGCCCCUUUGGAAUGUUGUUGAUUGCUCAGCAGAAUUGUGGAAAUUAAUUGUCUUGCACUGAGAUGGAAAUAAGCAGGGUCUGAAGUUGAAGGCCUGAAAGAAGGUAAUAGUUUUGCAGUUAUUGAAUGUUACAGUAUUGCAUAAAGAGGAGGAAUAGGGUUGGCUCGUAAGUCAGCUGAGCAAAAUUGUUCCCCCCACCCCUUCCAAGCACUUUUUCUCAGAUUAUAGAAAUUGAUUGACUGGUUUGUCACCUGAGACUAAUGUUGUGUGCUGAGAGUGACUAUUCCAAAGUCAUCCAGCUGGUUUUCAUGCCUAAAGUGGGAUUAAAAUUCACAACCCCUGGUUUCUAGGCAGGUCCCUUUUCUCACAGCCCCAUACCAACUAUCUUGGGUCUAUUGUUAAUGAUCACCAGCACCAUAUUUGACCAUGGGUCCUCAAACUUGGCAACCUUAAGACUUGUGGACAAGUUGCCAAGAUUGGAGACCUCUGCACUAGACCAAACUGGCUCUCUGCUGAACAAAAUUGAAUGUAUAUUUUAUUUCAAUCUUUUCAUGCUAAACCAGUGGAGUUAGUUCCUUCAAUUGCUGUGAAAAAAAAUGUUGGUAGGUUAAUACAGAAGUAUUUUCCCCUUCACACAUAGCACAAGCAGCAUCUCUGGUAUAUCCAUUUAUCCAUUUUUCCCCAAGCCUUCUUUACGGCAGUUACCUAUUGCCAUUAAGCACUCUGGUUAAUGCACAACCCUUUUUUUUACAGCCCCAUACCAACUAUGUUGUGUCUAUCAUUAAUGAUCACCAGCACCAUAUUUGAUCUCAUCAUUCACUGCUGUUGUCAUUUUCUUCCUACUACUGUAUGUAUAGCAUGGCAAAUAUUCUGCAUCAAUGGCAGAAAGCAGAAGCUGCACUCGUAUAGCGAUACUGGCACAUUUUUAGUCACUGUGUAUGAGGCUAUAUGCAGAGUGCUUGCUAUGAUUUUAUAUUAUAGACUGAAGUGUUUGAUGCUGCAGGAAAAAAAGUUUGGGUAUGUUUUUGGAUAAAAACGAUUGGUUUUCUUUGCACUUUAAUGACAUUUGUUUUUCUCCUAGUACAGAACUAUCUGUUAAAUUCCAAAGACAACACAAUGGAAGGAAGGAGAGGGAGACAUAAUGAUUGCUUAGAAAUAAGUUAAUAGUAAUAGAAAUUUAAAUGCUACCAGAGAACAAAAAGGAUAAACCUGAGUAGAAAUGCUUUAUUAUAUAGUGUAUUUGUUCUCUUAGUAGACUGCAACAGACUACUAACUUUAAGUAUUAUGAGCAGUAAGUGGUUCUAUAUUAGCAAAUAUUAAAAAUCAGUUGGGAAUGAAGUGAUUUUAAAAAUAGGCUCAUGGCCAGAAAAAAAAAAAUCCUUUGCUGUCUACUCAUUUGGCACAAGGGCCUGUUUUGAAUCUCUGCACCAGUAUUUCCUUUUACACAUCCCUGGGAGAAGUGGAGCUAUGAAGAAUGAAUAUUUGCAACAGGCAGGAUGGGAGUAGUCAUCAAGUUUGGCAAUGAAUAGUGGUUCUCCUAUGCGUUAAAUAAGUACUUAGGGUGGCAAGAGCACACUGUUUUAUCUGCUAAUAUUUCCUUUAAUGUAAGCAGCAGUAGCAAAUUGCAAAACAUUCAGAGCCCUUUCACAGAAUCCAUUUCCUGGUCUGGAAUUCACUAUUGAAUUUUGAUAAUUUAUUCCAUGUUACUAUGUUUGGAUAAGGAAGUACAGCAGCCAUCAACUCUUAGUGCAGAGGAAGAGAAAGGAUCCAUUUUCUUCACUAAUAUUAAAAUGAAGAGGCUGGGUCAAGGUAGACUUCUUUUUUUUUUUUGAGGAAGAAAUGCUGUUUAAAUUGCUUUGGAUUGAGCUGUCACAUACAAAGAUUCAUGCCUUCCAUAUUUAAUUACAAGUAGGAUAUAAAAUAAAUGAAGACAGGAGAUAUGCAAAAUUGAAGUGUUUCCUCUAGAAGCAAUGACUCUUAAUAUAAAAGUUCUGAGCAACCGAUCUUUUAUAAAACUCUGCUGAGGAAGGAAUCUUCCUCUUAUCUUAACCCAAAUAAGUUCCAUAGGUAUUGCAUUACCUCAGCUUUCCCACAUAAAAUACAACAGUGCCUAGAUACUUUCCCUUGUUAAGCACACACUUGUCUGCUUAUUCUGCAAAGUAGCCUCUGUUGGAGGAAAAUAUUCUUGUAUCAUGAAAUAGCUGGAAGAGUAUGAUUUUGCUUUUGAAUUCUAAUAGGCACCAAAGUUCCCCCCGCUUACAACUAUAAUGUGAAUGUCAUUUGUUGUCUUUUAGAUUAAAAUGUGCCAGUCUUUGCAUGUCUUUAACCACUAAGUUAUUCAACACUGUAUUCUAUUUUGAAAUGUAUUGCACAAUUAUAUAGUCUUUUUUUAAAAAAAAAAAAUUGUAAGCUGCUAUUGCUGCUUCAAAUGCAGCCAUUGUAAUGCUGGGAUUCUAUUUGUUGCUAGUACACUGCACUGUAAUUUAGACAGCCCUCUUUUUAACUAACUUUCCUGUGUGAAGAUAAUCAGGAUUUUAAAAAUAGUUGGUUUUAUAAAACAAAAUACAAAAUGUUUAAUUUUAUAUGUUAAUGUUAAAAGGGUAAGUUCAAAUGUUAGUGCCAAAAACUGAUAUUGCAAUAUGUACUGGAAUUUCACAACAAAAACAUACACAGACAUUUUCUUUUAAUUCUAAAACUUUAAAGUAGUGUAAGCAAUGCUCCCAACUGAUUUUAAUUCAUAAUAAAAAGAAAAUAGAAGCUAGAUCCAACAAAGUAUCCACAGGGUAAAGCCAACCAGUCCAGCUCUAAUUUCUUUAAUAAUAAUAGUAAUAGUAAUAACAACAACAAUAAUAAUGGCAUCAGAUUUGAAACUCUGGAACAAAAAUGUAACAACUUAUAUCACCUUGUUUGACUUGGCAAAUAGAAAUUUGGUCAAGUUGAAAAGCAGCAUUUGAUUACAUCAGAAGCUGAUGAAAGUUGCACAGUUUAAGAUUCCACAGUGCCUUUUUUAAAGAAAGCCAAACAAUUUAUAGCUUGCUGCUGCUAUUAUCUUUAUGGGCAUCUAUAGUAGUCCUCAACUUAUAACCACAUUUGAGAUCAGAAUUUCUAUUACUAAGCAUUGCGAUUGUUAAGUGAAUCGUGCCUAAUUUAAUGACCAUUUUGUCUUGGUUGUUAAGUGAGUCACCUUAAUCAGUAAGUGAAUCAUGCAGUCAUUAAAAAAAAUCUGGCUUCCCCCAUUGACUUUACUGGUUGGAAGCCAGUUGGGAAAGUCACAAACGAUGAUUACGUGAUCCAAGGAUGCUGCCAUUGUCAUAAGUACAUGCUGGUUGCCAAGAGGCCCUAUUUUGAUCAUGUAACCAUGGGGAUCCUGCAAUGGGUGUAAGUGCAAGCAUUAGUCAUAAGUCUCUUUUUUUCAGUGCCACAGAAAUCUCAAAAGUUCCUAAAUGAAUGAUUGUAAGUUGAGGACAAUCUGGAUUCCUCUGCUAUUCUCAUUCUGACCAGCCUUCUUGGAUUCUCUAAUAGUUUGUAAGUUGUUGACACUACUAAGGCUGAGCUAAUCAUUGUGAGAAGCAAUCGAUUUGCCUUUCCCUGAUGUUAAGCCAUAGUAAAUCCAACAUGCCAAAUAAAAAAUCUCUGCAAAAAAUGCACUCUGUAAGAAAAAAGAAAAUUCAACUUAAGAACUCAAUUGUAUUUAGGGAGUGGGAGAUGAUCAUGAUCUGAUGCUGUUGGUCAAAUUGCAAUAGCUCAUUUUUAGCACUUGGAACUAAAAUAAAGACCUGUAUUAUUUAGUAGCAUUAGGAAAGCAAUAAAUACAGUGAGGAAAACUAAUCAAGCAUUAUAAUAGUCAUUCUUGAGUUAAUUUUCUUCAUGUUUUGCAUUAUCCAUGCCCUUAGUUCCUUUCUUCUAUGUGUUUUACUGGAAAUGUGCUAUUUAUUCUUUUAAAAUGUAUCUCUAAUAAAAUACUUUCUAAACU